AUGCGAACUGUCCUGCUCAGUGGCCCAUUCAUCCCUGAAAUUAACGUCGGGUACAACGUGAAGGCGAAUGGGAUCAGCAUUAACUUCUUAAAAGACCCCUUUUGCUUCAGGGACAAAACGAUCAAAAUCGUAAAUUAUAAACGGAGUGAAAGGGGCCCCAGUGAAGGGGCACUUCCAUAUGGUGAAAAUGAAGAAACGGUGAACCCUGUGAUAACCAUGGAAGCGACAGAAUUGCAUGGAUGCGUUUAUCAGGACGGCCGAAUAAUUGGGUCAGGUGCGCCAUAUGAGGAUAGCUUAGCAUAUGAGGAUGGCUUAGCAUAUGAGGAUGGCUUAGCAUAUGAGGAUGGUUUAGCGUAUGAGGAUGACUUAGCACAUAAGGAUGAAUUAACAUAUGAAGGUAGAUUGUCAUAUGAAGAUGGCUUGGCAUAUGCAGACGACUUACCACGCAAAAGCGCUCGUUUCCCGCAUGACGAAUCUAUCAACAAACCUGAGGAAGCGAAGAAUGUCUCUCUCCAUGAUGACAAAAUGAAGUAUACUCUGAAAAACGCAGAAUGGGAAAGGAUCUUCGAAAUGCCAAAGCUGGAUAUAGAAAAAAAUAUACAUAUACACAAUCCAGGCGUAUUAAUGGACAUGCAUAGAUAUAGCAGUUAA